GGAGCUACAAACCAGGAAGUAAACGACUUGCGGGGGUGCAGAUUUUCUGCGAGCUUGCAAUACGUCAAGUGCAGGAAUCAGAGCAGUAAAUUGAAAAUAUAAAAUGGUAAGAACAAUGUCGUCAUCAUGAUAAGAUUCCGCAGGAGAACAUGUAUUACCCUGGGAUUUUUUAUUUUAUUCAUUUGUUUGAUUAUGAUGGGAUUGAAAACUUUGCGACCUGAUUCUGCUGCUUUUGGAAACCCUUUUGGACUUGGUCUAUUACCUGAAAUUGAAAGACCCUCUCCAGCAAAUACAUUUUAUAAGCCACGAAAAGGUGUCCAAAACAUGGAAAUUGUGACAAAAGGUUUAGUUCCAUUAAAGCCUAUUAUUUCAGAAUCGGAGAUGGAAGCGUUGCCAAGUCCAAAUUUCAACAUUCAUGUAUUUUAUUACACAUGGUAUGGUAGCCCUCAGUUCAACGAUAAAUAUAUUCAUUGGAAUCAUCCCUUGCUGAAACACUGGGAUACAAAAGUUGCAAAUAGUUUUCCAACAGGAAGACACAAUCCACCUGAUGAUGUUGGAGCUGAUUUUUAUCCAGAGCUAGGACCGUACAGUUCGAGGGACCCAUCUGUGAUAGAAGCACACAUGAAACAAAUUCGAUCAGCUUCCAUAGGUGUAAUAUCUCUAUCGUGGUAUCCCCCGGGAAAGAGUGAUGACAAUGGAGAACCAACUGAUGAUCUUGUACCAGCUAUUUUGGACAGUGCUCAGAAAUAUGGGCUCAAGGUUACUUUUCAUAUUGAACCAUACAACAAAAGAGAUGACAGCAGUAUACACAAUGAUGUUAUAUACAUUAUUGACAAAUAUGGCAACCAUCCAGCAUUCUAUCGAUUUAUCACCAGCACUGGUAGGGAAUUGCCAAUGUUCUAUAUCUAUGAUUCGUAUACAACUAGUUCAGUCAGAUGGGCUAAUCUUUUAAUGCCAUCAGGAUCCCAGAGUGUUCGGAAUACACCAUAUGAUGGAAUUUUUAUUGCUUUGCUUGUAGAUGAAAAGCACAAAAAGGACAUACGUAGUGGUGGCUUCGAUGGUAUGUACACAUACUUUGCCACAAAUGGGUUUUCAUAUGGAUCCUCACAUCAACAUUGGUCUAGCCUGAAAGAAUUUUGUGACACUAACAACUUAAUGUUUAUUCCAAGUGUUGGGCCAGGAUAUAAAGACACCAGCAUACGCCCUUGGAAUUUCCAGAACACAAGAAAUCGUGUAAAUGGGAAGUACUAUGAAAUUGCUCUAAAUGCAGCAUUAUUGGUGCGGCCCUCUAUUAUUUCUAUUACUUCAUUUAAUGAAUGGCAUGAAGGAACUCAGAUUGAGACUGCUGUUCCCAAGAAGACAAGUAAUAGGAAAUAUGAAGAUUACCUACCUCAUAAACCCAACAUUUAUUUGGAACUCACUCGAAAGUGGUCUCAAAAAUAUAUCAAGGAACAAGAACAAUGGCUAGUAUAAAUCUGUCUUUGAUUGCGUUUGGACUUACAAGCACAUGAAUAACAAGUUGUUUUUUUUCUUUCUUUUUUGUUAUAAAAAAAAUCAUAAUACCUGCAACAAAUGGUUAUUAGUUAUGUGGAUCCUAUUUUAAAGGGAUAUUAAACAGUGCAUCUUUGGCAAAAACAAAUAUAUCAAAUCAAAGUAAACCUAAAAAGAAACAGAUUGUGUAAAAAAACAGCAAACCAUUUACUUUUUUUCUUGCAUAAUGAGCACUUCAAUAUUCCCAGAUUAGCCCUGCCCCCAGUGUUAUAUGGGAGCUGACACUUGGGUUACAUUCUGACUGAUCUAGGCAUGAGCAAGUCUGACUCUAGUCUAUUCACUUAAAGGACCAGUCAAUGCAGUAAAUGUGCAUAAUCAACAAAUGCAUGAUAACAAGACAAUACAAUAACACUUAGUCUGAACUUCAAAUGAGUAGUAGAUUUUUUCAAAGUUAUGUCUAUAUCAAAUUUCAAAAUUGUCUAUUUCCACUCCUCCUGCAUCACGUGACAGCCAUCAGCCAAUCACAAAUGGAUAUGUGUAUAUUCUGUGAAUUUUUGCAUAUGCUCAGUAGGAGCUGGUGACUCAAAAAGUGUAAAUAUAAAAUAAAAUGAACACAUUUUGUUAAUGGACAUAAUUGGAACGUUGUUUAAAAUUGCAUGCUCUAUCUAAAUCAUGAAAGUUGAAUUUUGACUUGAGUGUCCCUUUAAUAGUAAGCAGACUAGAAGGUUUGUGACAGGCUAAGAAAAACCUUCCUGCAGCGGCCCCCUCCUCCUUGUAAGGCUGUGACAAGAAGUAAAUUAUACUGCACAAAUGUAGGUAAAAACCUGUUUAAUUAGUGUAAUGCUCGUGGGAUGCUCCUCUAUCAGACCAAACUCGGCCAGUAGUCUUGUUAUCCCAGCAUCAAGCCGGAAUGAUAGGGAAUAUCCGAGAGCAGAGACAGUUAGUAAGAUGAGGAAGGCGGCACUAACCACAGACAGGACAGUCCCCAGCGGCAACGGCAGAGCAGUCCAAGGACAAACCACUAGAAUGGUCUGGCAGGCAGGGUUUGGCAACAGUAAAGCAGUCCAAGAGCACACCACUAGAAUAGUCAGGCAGGCAGGGUUCGGCAACAAAGAGGAAAUCCAGCACAACAGGGGUUAAUAAGCAGAGUAGUCAGACAGGCAGGGUUCAAACACUUUAAGGCAAAACUGUAGUAACGAUCUAUCACACCCAGGAGCACACAAAGUAACACCUAUACUUGGGCAGUGAUAGAUCGUUAUUGAGCGACUUACAUAGGCGCAGGAUUUGCACCACAGGAAUCCAGACCGGAAUCUUAGAGAGAGGAGCGUGCGGCGCCGCACGCAUUCGGAUCCGACACAGCCCCUGGCAACGAGCAGGGAAGUAGACGCUGCACCCCUAGCAACGGCUAGAGCGGCACGGCGUGACAAAUAGAUGAAUAAUACAUAUUGCAAUUAUUUCUAUUAAGUAUAAGACACAGUUUAGUCCUUUUUAUUACAACAAUGAAACAGACUGUUUAAGAUCCUUUUUAUCAGGUAAGGGGCAACGUAAAUUCUCUAUACUUUCUAAUACUUUAUUUUAAAAUUCAUGUUGAAUUGCUAAAAAUCUUAAAGUAAUUUAUCUUUAACAUGAAUAUUGUAGCAAGCAUAUGUGGUGUUAAUGAAUAUUACACAUACAGUAGACUUCAUAACAUAAAACAAUAUUCCAGUGCUACGGAAUUUGGAGGUGCUAUACAACUAAAUGAGAAUAAUAAUAUGGCAUUUUAAGGGACAUUUUUUUUUAUCACGUGGUAGAUGUAUAGAAAUAGCGUAUGAAGAAAAAAAAUAUUUUAAUUUUGUAUAAGAAAAAAUAAAAGAUUAUUGGUUCAUUGAGAUAUGGCCUGCAAAUUAUUAAAAAAAAAUAUAUAUAUUAGCAAAUACAUCAUGCUAGAGAAAAUAGCUUAAGAAAACAGCAUCAUACAAGAUGACAAGAGAAGGACAAAAAGAGCCUUCUAUUUAACACCAGGCCAAGCAAUAUAUUUAUUAAAUAAGAAAAAGAGGCCUGAAGCAAACAAAAUUUCCUUCCUAUGAUAGGGAGAGUCCACGGCUUUAUUCCUUACUGUUGGGAAAUACAACACUUGUCCCCAGGAGGAGGCAAAGACACCCCAGCCAAAGGCUUAAAUAUCCCUCCCACUUCCUCAUUACCCCAGUCAUUUUUUGUCGUUUGUCACGUUUGGAGGUGGCAGAGAAGUGUCAGAAGAUUCAGAGAGUCCUAAAAAAAGGGUAUCUGCCCUUCGAGAUAGGACUGGAGUUUUAAGUAGUCAUGUCAGCAUAUUGAUGAAAGUUAGAGUCUGGAGAUGCAGAAACCAUCCAGACUACUGCUAACAGCUCCUAAGCAAUCAGUGUUGACGAGUUUCACUCCUGCAGAUCGGAUACUCUGAAACAAAUAGAGUACGGCUCUAAACAGAACACAUUCGCAACAAUUCAAGAGGUUUUGAAAACCUGAACCGGGCAAAAAGACCAGCCAUCUGACGAAAGGAUUAACGGUUAAAGCACACUACCACAUUACCCCAGCAUCUACUCCUUCAAGUGUGAGUAAUCGCGGAGAUGAACCAACGCGACAUACUGAAACCACUACAGCACUGGCAGCGGCUAUCCCGGCUUCGGAUCCACAUUUAUCACAGUAAAGAUUGAAUUGGGUACAAAAAGAAACUAGACCAGAAACAAAGUAUCCCAAAAGAAACAACGGGUAAGAUUUAUUAUACCUACACCAACUAAGGAAGUUAAUGUGAAGGGCAGAUAACCAAAACUACUUAACAGUGACUUAUAAUCGCAACAUAUAUAGCAAUUAGACAAAAACGUGUUGCAGCACGCCCACACAUACUAUCCCCACGGAGGACUUAACAUCAUCGCUUUUAACAAAAAGCAAUUAACAAUUACUCUAACGAUCACGGCAGAAAGACUUUAUCUUUCAUAACUUAUUAUACGAUUUUUACUGUAUCACUUUAUUUUUGUUUCACUUUUAUUAUUUGUUACUAAUGUUGAUACCAUUGAUGCUAUUUUAAUUAUGUAUGUUCAGCUUUAAACAAACGAAUAUGGUAAAUAUGGUAAUUAAGAAUUAAUAUUGUGAUUAUUCUUUGUGGAUACCAUAGUUCUUCACAAGUCCACUAUAUCAAAUCCAUAAAAAAUAUCUGCAAUUAAACCAAAAUUCAAAAAUUUAAAUAUACAGAUAUGUUUGUAUAAUACACUAAGUAACAGGGAUUGGAAAACAUAUAUCAUUUUAUUCACACUGUAUGGUUGGCCAAUCAGUUAGAUUUGUUUUAAGAAUCAAUUUCUAUUGUUUUAAAUUUUAUUGUAUGUAUUUAUAAUUCUAAAAAUAAAUAGAUCUCAUUGAAUCCAA